CUAGAGGAAGCUACUUUGUCUAUAUCACGUUAAGAUGGUGCUCGGCCUGGACAAGCGUGCCCUGUGGGCAAUCGUGCCAUUUUUCGGCUUCGCCCUUGGCCACUUCCUGGACAAGAAGGAGACGGAGCGAAUGACCAUGUUCCGCGACAAGAGCGCUCUGUACGCCCGUCCCGGUGGCAGCGCAAACCAAGAACCAUCCUGGUGAGGGUGGGCAGCGCUUUACUUAGCAUUAAACAACAUGUUUUUUUUCACUCUUAACUAAUAAACCGUAAAAUGGCUAUGUGAAAGUUGA